AUGGCCUGGGCUGAGGAAGGCGCCGGGCAGCUGGCAGCUAUCCUGGAGUCAGAAAGCAGCGAGGAGGAGGAAGAGGAGGAGGAGGAGGAUGAAGAGGCAGCUAUGGCGCAGCACCCGUCCCUCGGCCAGGAGGCGGGCGAAGCGGAGGAGCGGCUGGCCGAGCUGGAGCAAGCGUCGCAGGCGCUGCUGGCCGAGCUCUCGGCGCUGGAGACGGAGUUUGAGAUCGAGAGGACGUGCCGGCAGCGAGCCGAAGCCUACGCAGCCCAGGUGAAGCAGGAGAACAAGCAGCUGAAGCGGCUCAGCCUGGCCCCGACGGCCGCCCUGGCCCUGCCCGGGGAGGAGCCCCCCGAGGAGGACCCCGACCCUGCCCAGCGCUACGGGCAGCAGCUGGAGGAUCUGCAGGAGAAGAUCUCCUGGCUGCUGGCGCAGCGGAAGGACCUCACCAUCCAGGUCCAGGAGCUGCAGAGGCAGAACCAGGACCUGCAGGACCAGGGCAGGUUUUUGGGGAGGGUGGCUCCCCUCUGCAGCCCCUCGCCAUCUCCCUGGCGUCCUGGGGGUGGGCUGGGCACGGCGGGCCCCCCCCGGCUGAGCGGGGUUUGUCUCCAGCGGGCGCUGAAGUCCUUCAAGAGAGUGUCCCAGAUCGUCACCCAGGAUUACUGCGAGGCGGUGCAGCAGCUGGAGCUGGAGCAGGACCUGCGCCUGCACGCCGAAGCCUUCGCCCACGAGAUGCUGGUGCAAAAGAAGGAGGCGAACAGGCAGAGCACGAUCCUGCUGCAGAGCGCGGGGCCCAGCGCCCAGCUGCUGGCGGCCCUGCAGGAGGUGGGACGCCUGACGCGGGCGCUGGAGGAGGCCAGGCAGGAGCAGCAGCAGCGGGAGAAGCUGGCCCAGGACCCGCCACCGCAGAGCCAGACCCCUGAGCCGGUUGCACCCGCGCCGCCACCACCGCCACUGCCACCGCCCGCACCCGCUGUCCCCGUGGACCCGCUCUCGGCCAUCCGGCGGAGGAAGGGGCUGGCAGACGCCCAGCGCAGCAAGCCCGAAGCUGACGAUGCUAAAGCUCGAGCUGUGCAGGAGAUGAUGGAGCGGAUAAAGAACGGGGUGGUCCUGAGGCCCACGAAGGCGCAGGUGCCCCUGGGCCAGGGAGAGGCGGUGGUGGCCAGCAAGCGGAGGAGUGCGGCGCUGGAGCUGCAGGGCAUCCUGGGUGCCAUGAGGAGGGCGAGCAGGAGGUCCAGCGGGCAACGAAGCAGCGUGAAGGGCAGGGACAGGCAGCUGGAGUCCAUCCUGCAGCGGCGGCGGCGGGCGGUGGAUGCCUCCCUGCCCGCCCCCGACCCCCCGCAGCAGGACCAGAGGGAUGCCGCGGCGGCGGGGAGGCCGGACCCCGGUACGGCGUAG